GAAAUUUUUUCUUUUUUAAACAUUAAAUAAUAAAGGAAACCCAAAUGUCUGCUCAGGAUCAGAGAACUGAAAUCAUAAUAAAAUGUAUACCCCAACUCGUUAAAGAAUUGACCGGCUUUGAUGAUGAAGACGAAAAUCUAUAUCAUUGCGAGCAGUUUGCAUGGAAUAUUAUCAGAUGUCAUCGCAAUUUAAGUACCAAUGGGCAUGAUGUACGUCGUCGUAUUGAAGGAUUACAAGAACGUUUCCGUGUGGACAACUAUGCUAAAUAUGCUGAUUAUUUGGGACGACUUUGCGAUGAAAUCACAUGUCACCCGCUAUGCAUAGACCAUUAUGAAAUAGAUGUUCAUUGGUCGUUAUUAGACUUUCUUAUAACGUUAGCCUAUAAUCCAACGGUUGCCUUACGACGUAAUAAACAUAAAAUAGAUCUCAACUUACCACAACCAUAUGAAGACACCGGAAAAGCAAGCAAUGAAUUAAUUUAUUGGAAAAAUAUUUUAAAAGAAAAUUUUAUAACUACCACAUCCUAUGAAGAUAGUAAUUCGGAAUUGAGCGAAUGGUCAGAUGAAGAUGGAAACACGGAUAAACGUGAACAAACUGCGGCUUUAGAAGUAAAAGCCAGUGAUCACCAAGGUGAUAAUAGUGUGAUUGGUGAUAGAAUGUUGGGCAACGUUAAACCGCCACAAAAAUCAAAUCCUUUUAUUGAAUUUGACGAUAACAAUGCCAGAACGCAACUGUGGGACACGGUACAGCAUUCAUGGUGGCUUGCUGGUCGUAAUAGUCAGUGUCAAGCCAUGUUGGAAAGCAGACAUAUAGAAGCAAAUUUUGCCCAAUAUUAUAAUCGAUUUCUGAAUGAAACCUCUAACAACUUAAUACGGUUUCAAACGCCCUCCACAAUAACCGAACAACAUCUGAUGCGGGAAUUGUUGUGGAUGUUUCACAAGCCUAGCAAGUGUAGUAUUUUUGGUUUAGACGAACAACAUAAUGUAAUAAGGCGUCAAAGUUUUACAAUACCUAGUGUGACUGGAGAAGGUUUGUCCAAAUAUUUGGAGAGUCAAUUUGUACCCUAUAUUCGUAUGAUGGAAACCCUAAGUAUUUUUCAUAAAUCUAUUUAUGAUGGCAGCAAUAGAUCACCACCUCGCACUGUGGAAUGUUAUGCAGCCAACUUGCAUUUACACUUGAAACCCAUAUGGGCACAGUUACUGAAUUACGAACGACGCUUACUCCAACAACAAGAUCUCGAAAUUAAUACAAUUAUUAAUAUGCGGGCGUAUUUGAAUGACGCUUUUAUUCGAUUACAGUGCUUAUACGAUAUACACCAACAGGUGAUACUCAGCUGGGAACAAUAUCCACCACAUAUAUGCAGUGCAUUGUUACUUGCCGGCUUAACUAAAUGUUUUCAAAUGGAGAAUAACGCAACCAACGCCAACUUGGCAAUGUCGUUGCUGUUGGCCUCAAUUAAGGUAUUCUGUGAAAUCAUAGAUACUUGGUGGUCGGAAGGACGGUUAGAUGAUUGGCAACAAGAAUACAUCGUAGAAAGAAUAAGCGACGUGGAUCAGUCGGUAUGCAUGCGUAAAUACCGUAAGAAUAAACCUAAAUUAUUUUUUGUGCCAUCACAAGUUACAAAAAGUAUACUUGAAAAUAGCCUAUUCUUAUUAAUGCAAGAACAUUCUUUGGAAGCGGGACGUACACUUAAUUUGCUUUACGAAAUUAAUCGCAUUGGAAAUUUGCGCAAUGCUUGCGACGCUGUUGAAGGAAAGUUAUAUAAUACAUUUAUAAAGGAUUUCUUGCAACAGGUCCAAACUAUGCAAAAUGAAAUUAAAAUUCAAUCGCGGCCAUCAUCACCAAAACAUACCGAUGAUGAAAGUGAAUGUUACAAUGAUCCCUUCGUCAGCACUUCAGAUAUUAAAAUGAAAAAGAACAGCGUUUUAAGUAAUUUAACAACAAAUGAUGAAUUUUUGCUUAUGUCGUUUGCUUUAAAUAGCAAUGAAACAGAAGCAUCGAGAGUAAUGCCAAAUAAAACACCGAAUGCUUUGGAUAUAUUUAAACAAUUACAAAGAUCUUUGUGCAGUUUGCCAUUAGAAGAAUUACUAAUUAAAACUUUAACUCAGAUACUAAACCGCCGGAUUGAACUUGCAAAUUUGUUUGUUAUGAAGUUGUAUCGAGAUGAGUUUAUGAUCUUAACGCAUUUGCAAAACUUACGUAAGGUUUUGCUAUUGGAGGCCAGCGAUGUUAUGUAUCAAUUUUAUAGCAGGCUGUUCAAGCAGAUUGAAUCAGGUGUUCCUUGGGCUAAUCCAUCUCUGUUAACCAUGCAAUUGGAUGAUAUUGUAAGCACUAGAUUUCCAGAAAUGUCUUCAUUAUUUCGUGUAGAGCUCAUUUCCAUGUUUAACCAUCAGACCACUAAGGUUUCCGAAGCUGUUGAUGAACUUAUGGUUACGUACAAUUUCAGCCGUGAAUUGAAGCUUAUUAUUAACAGCGAAGAUAUUGAGGCCUAUAAUAAGGUUUUUCGAUUCCUUCUUAAGGUCAAAUGGGGCAUUACAAUAUUGGAGAGGCUUUCAUUCCCACGUAGUCGGAAACGUCCCAUUCCGUACGCGGAUUUUAAUAUGAUUGAUUUGGUUAUGCGUCGUCUAGAACACUUACGUUUCUGGAUGAUGUAUGCCUUGCAGAGUGUACACUUUCAUCUAAUGACACAUGUACUACAAUCUAUGGGCGAUCAAUUGGAUAAGAAAAUCAAUCAGUGCCAAAAUCUUCAAGACUUGGAAAUGGUUCACAAAUCAUACUUAAGUACUGUUUGUGAACAUUGCUUACUGGUCGACAAUUUGAAUGCCAUCAAAGUGGGAGUAGAGCAACUUCUAAAUCUAACUUGCAUUUUGAACUUGGAAUGGCUGAGCUGCACUCAAUGUCUUGAAACCAAAAGCCCAUUGUCUAUAGAUAUCCAUGAUAAAUCUCAUGAUGAUAGCAAUAUUGAUGAUAAUUAUGUAGAUAACACUCAAAUUGACGCCAUUGAAUUAACCUAUAUACGGUGUCAUCAAUAUUUAGCGAAUAAAUUGAAUAACGAAGUUUACUUAAAAAGAAAAAGUUUCCUGUCAGGUUUGAGUGCUGCCUUUAAUACAAGUUUACCAUAUUAG